UGAACAAUUAUUUUGUGAACUCAAGUGUGUUUUCAAUGCCAAUGCAAUACAUAAUUGCAUUCAAUCGUUGAGAUUAGUGUUGAGUUGUAUUCAAAACAAAUAAAAACAACUAUUUUUGAGUUCAAGUCAUAAAAAGCGGAAAAGUAGUGAAAAAUGAGCAAAUAUUCAGCCCUUUUCUUUGGUGCCUCUGUUAUGGAUCUGAUUACAUAUACGAAAAGAUUUCCAGAUCCCGGUGAGACCGUUAGUGGCACACAAUUUCGCAAAGGAACGGGUGGAAAGGCGUCCAAUGCUUGCGUAAUGAGUGCCAAACUCGGAUUAUCGGCCGGAAUGUUGGCUAAAAUAGGAGACGAUAUUUUCGGACACGAAAUGAUAACUAACUAUAAGAAAUACAACAUUAAUAUUGAUAAUGUUUUGCUCACUAAAGAUGUGUUCACAGCGACGGCCGCUAUAAGUGUUGCCGAAAGUGGUCAGAAUACAAUCAUAUAUGUGCCGGGACCUACAAAUCUUUUAAUGCCUGCUGAGAUUUCCUCAAUGGAAGCCAAAUUGUUUAACAGUAAUUGUAAACUAUUUGUGCCGACAUUUGAAUGCCUUCCCGAAACACUAUUUCAAGCGUUGACUAUAGCCCGCAAAAGUGGAGGUAAGCCU